AUGGGGAAGGUAAACAUAAAGGACUACGGAAACAUGUGCAAGUGGUUUAAAAGACUGAGUACAAAGAAAUCCAUGCCAUUGCUACCGGAGAAGAAGGAAGAGAGACUGAAAAAAUUUACGAACUUUUCCCUAUACCAUAUAAUGGAAAAGUACGAGUUUGUUCCGAACCUACUCCUACAGACGGAGUAUAUGUACCCGCUUCUGCAGAAGAGCCCCGAGGCUGUACGUCAGUCCUACUUUAACCACUACAAACUUUCUAGCCAGGACAACCGGGCUAAGUAA